CUCCUGGCAACUUUAAUAUGAGUCACUUAUAGACGGAGCCCUGACCAGACAGCUUCACAUCACCUUUGUUUUGGAAAAUACUUUGUUGUAGAGUACCGAAUGAAAAUGCCUGCCACAGCUUAUAAACACCUCCAUGAUGAGAAUGUCUCCUCAAAGAAGCCGACCAGCUGUGUGAUCCUGGCUGUAGUUAUGGCCUGCCUCACUGUUCUGGGCAUCAUACUCGCCAUUGCUAUUUUAGAGAGACCAUCCAGUUCUGACAAAAUUGACGGGGAAAAGAUAUUUCCACUGGAGCCUUCUGUUGGGAGCUGCAGCAUGACCCUUGUGGAAAGUAUCCCUGUGUAUAUGAAAUACAAUGACAAUGCCACAUUUGGGCGGCCAUUGGAAACUGUAUGGGAAGAUCUCAUCGCCAUGGCAACUGAACAACUAGAUGUGGUGUCCUUCUACUGGACUCUGACUGGAGCCGAUAUCAGCGUGAACUCCUCUUCUGCAAUCCCUGGGACUCGCAUUCUGACAGGACUUGAAUCUCUGCCUGCAAGAAAUGUUUCUGUCCGAGUGUUAAUAAGUAAUCCAUCUGUGCAUACAAAUUCCACAGAUUUGAAGGUCCUCCAACAAAAAGGAGUCCAAGUGAGGGAGGUGGACUUUGGUCGUCUCACAGAUGGUGUCCUCCACUCUAAGUUCUGGAUUGUUGACAGAAAACAUCUCUUUAUUGGAAGUCCCAACAUGGACUGGAGGGCUCUCACACAAGUAAAGGAACUAGGUGUGGUGAUCCACAACUGUUCGGAAUUAGCCAUAGACCUAGAGAAGAUUUUCAACUCUUAUUGGGAAAUGGGCCUUCCAAACAGCACCUUACCUGAUCCCUGGCCCUCAAAGUAUGACACAAACAUUACCAAAUUACACCCUCUGCUGGUGAAAGAAGAGAAUAUAACAAGCCAGAUAUACAUAUCCGGUUCGCCGCCCCUCUUCUGUCCUCUGUCCAGAACUCUAGACUUAGAUGCUAUUUUGACCAGUAUCUCUGAGGCUCAACAUUAUGUUGAUGUGGCUGUCAUGGAGUACCUCCCACUGAUUCAAUUUGAAAAGCCCCAGAGAUACUGGUCAGUCCUUGAUGAUGCCAUUAGAGCUGCAGCAUUUGAUAGAAAAGUAAAGAUCCGGAUGCUGAUCAGCUGUGGGAGAGAGUCCAAUCCAAGCGUCUUACCCUUCCUACAGUCUCUAGCUGCUCUUGACAGUAAUAUAUCCCACAUUAGCAUCAAAAUAAAACUUUUCAUUGUGCCUGUUGGAAACCAGACUGAUAUACCAUAUUCUAGAGUGAACCACAACAAAUAUAUGGUGACUGAUAAAGUAGCUUAUAUUGGCACAUCCAACUGGUCUGGGGAUUACUUUACCACCACAGGUGGAGUGGGCCUAGUGAUUUCCCAGCAUGCUCCUCACUUGAUAUGGAAGAAGUCUAUUCAGAGCCAGCUCAGUGUUGUCUUUGAAAGAGACUGGAACUCACAGUUUGCUGUGUACUUAGAUGAACUCGGUCACCAUCCUGACUGUGCUCUAGUGAAAUAACAUGCUAUUCUGAAUUGUUUCUUCAACUUGUUGAUAAUCAUUUCUGUUUCGAAAGACAAAAUGCUCUCUUCACUGAAGUUAAAUCAACACAUGUAGAUGAUUUUAAAGUACAUAUUUUUAAUGUAUAUAAUGUGUAAUAAAGUAAGCCUUGAUAUAUGCAGAGGCAAAUGUAUGUAACAUCA